GAAAAAUCAUAGUGAUAGCACAUGCCCCUACUCUAACAAAUAUUGGCAAGUAGCAACGGGAAGAGAUAAGGCUCCUGACAAGAACAGAGGCUGGCGUGCAGCGUGCAUGCCUGGACAACACGCGAUGCGGCCGCUCCAGCUUCGCCCCCGAGCCGCCGCCGCCGCCGGUCCUGCUCGGCCCCGCAGCCUCCCCGGCCGGCUGAGUCUCCGGCCGUGUCGCAGCGGCAGGAGGAGCAGCCGGAACGCGCCGGUAGCCGUAGCAGCAACGACGAGAGGAGGAGGGAAGACGACGGCGGCGGCGGCGGCGGCGGACGUGGUGAGGGAGUUCUACGACGGCGUGAACCGGCGCGACCUGGCGGCGGUGGCGCCGCUCAUCGCCGAGGGCUGCGUGUACGAGGACCUGGUGUUCCCGCGCCCGUUCGUGGGGCGGGACCGGAUCAUCGGCUUCUUCGGCGAGUUCAUGGGGACCAUCAGCCCCGACCUCCAGUUCGUGAUCGACGACAUCUCCGCCGAGGACUCCGCCGCCGUCGGCGUUACCUGGCACCUAGAGUGGAGGGGGCGGCCAUUUCCGUUCAGCAGGGGAUGCAGCUUCUACCGCUUGCAGGAAUCGGAGCAGCAGCAGCAGCCACAGAUCGUGUACGGUCGGGACUGCGUGGAGCCUGCCGCCAAACCCGGGGAUUUGGCACUGGUUAUCAUCAGGGGAGUGACAUGGAUCCUUGAACGCUUUCCGAGCCUCGCCAACAGGUUCUGAUAGAUGAGCACAGACAUGGCAUGCACCUUUUGGGCAAGGAAGGCGUGUAUAUACGUUGAAUAAUCGACACAUUGUCAGGAUGGAGGGAGAAAAAUGUUCAUAUGGAGGUUGAAUGAUCGAUAGAUUGUCAGGAUGGAUGGGAGAUGGAGAAAAUAGAUAUGCAAUGCUGAUAUUGAGGAAAAAUAGUAGAUAUGCAUAUUGGAGAAAAAAAAAAGAUAUGCAAUGUAUUUUUUGCGAGUAAUAGAUACGCAAAGUUGAUUAGGGGGGGGGGAUAAUAGAUAUACAUGUUGGAAAAAUAGCAAAAAAAUAGAUAUGCAUAUUGGAAAAAUAGCAAAAACAAUAGUAGGUAUGCAUGUUGGAGAAAAAUAUGUACUCCAGUCCGUUUCAAAUUAUAAAUUGUUUUGAUUUUUCUAGAUA